AUGGCAGACCCGACGAUUUUGGACGCCAACAAACUCACACCUCACUAUGCGUCGGUUGGUGGUGCUAAUACGCUUGCAGCCAACAGCUCGGCUCAGCAUGAACUCCUCAAGCCGGAGCUUCUGGGACACGUCAAAUACGACGACCCCUCUGUCUUCAGGCGUCUUCAAAUUUAUGAUGAAGCCGACGCCGACAUCGAUCACUGCCACGAGGAGUAUCAAAAGCAACAGGGGCAGCACCUCCAUAGGCUCCGCCAAAUCUCAGGGGAUAUAAGCAAGGCUGUAAACAAGGAGGGCGACAUACAGGACGACUCAAAGAAGAAGGUAGAGCGCGAGCACGAGAAGAUGAUGUACAAUCCGUUGAACUUUGGAAACGACAAUGUCGGCGCGCUGCGCGAAUUCAAGUUCGCUGUCAAUACCGCCGUGCUCUUACCCCCGAGCCGUUGCGCCGAGGCCUAUACUCCAGGUGUCGCUGAAUUCCGCCCGGAUUUCAACCUGCUCGAUAAGACUGCAGAUGGUCCUUUCUGGGAUAGCUGUGCUGGAUUCGCCGAGAUCAAGGUCAAAGAGGAGGAGAACAGUCUUCCCCGCACCGAAUCGUCGAUAAAGGCAGCGAUCCUCCAGUGUGCGGAUUACGCGCGAUACCAUAUGGCCUUUCGGCCGUUCUGGAUCUUCAGUGUCACACUUCUCAUCACGGGCACAGUCUUCCGGGUCAUGAUCGUGGACCGCGAUGGCGUUGUUCUCUCCCCCCUCCACAGCAUCUACGACGACAACAAGAGCCGCGAUCCCGGGCGUCAGCCCGACGCAAAGACCUUCGUCCGUGUUGUCCGCGCACUCACGCGGCGCCUGACGGACUAUCAACUGGGGCAAGAUCCGUCUGUGACGCCAGUGACUCGCGACGAGCUUAGUGGAUACUUGCAGGAGGGAUCCUCUAUCCCUGCUUCCGUCGAAUCCGUGAUUCACCUUGAGGGCGGAGACUACUACCCGUCCUACCGCAUCAGCCGCUUCGGUAAAGACAGUGGGACGUGGUGUACGGUCGGGCCACCGAUCUGGGUCUCCCUGUCGCUCCUUGGACGGGGUACGGAGGUGUGGCGUGUGGUCGAGCUCUGCCAGUCGGGGGGAAAGUGGGUUCUGACGGGCGACAUUCACAUAUUGAAGUCCGCCUGGCGCAACCCUCUGAAGUUGGCCGAGACGGAUGUGUAUAAUGUGAUAGCGGGGCUCAAGCGCGAGGCCGAUGACGCGGAUGAGAGGACGAAGUCCGCGUCCGGAGCCGCUGAUCAGGACAAGAAGCCCACGUUCCCUGCGGGUAUCGCGACGCAUCGGUAUGGCAGCGAUGUGUUCUACUACAAAGAUCCUCAGACGUGGUCAAAGAUCACCACUGCGAACCUCCGAGGUGACGCCGACGAUCCGAACUGUCCUUCCAAGGCUCUCCAUCGCAUCAUACUCCCGAUGGUCGGACAGCCUCUUUGGAAGUACACUGAUGAGCUCCAGCUGCUCAACGCAUUUUACGCGAUCGUCGAAGCGCACCAAUACCUGUGCGAGAAGGGAAUUCUUCACCGCGACAUCAGCGCCGGCAAUAUGCUCCUCUGGCCGGGUGGCGCCGCUGCGGGCUUUCUCUACGAUUUUGACAUGGCCGAUGUCGUACGUUCGUUGAUUGAUCACCUCACCACCCAAGAAGCUGUUGGUCCUGUCAAGAGAGUUGUCGAUUCCAGGUUCGGGAAGGCGGUGAUGACAGAGGGUAGUGUCCGAUCAAGGGUUGAUUAUACGACAUCGAGACAACAAGGAGUGCCUGUGACGGGGACACUUCAGUUCAUGGCUUUGGGAUUGCUCCGAGCUGUUCACGCCGGAACUCAAGUGCCGCAUGUGUCUGCACACGAUCUUGAGUCCAUUGCGUAUGUCCUGGGCUACACAGUCUUGCGGCGCCUUGUCACUGCGAAGAAAGCUGGCAAGAUUCUAUACAGCUCGGGAAGACAGUCAAGAAGACCAGUUCAUUUUCAAGUCCCUUUCCAAGUCCAUGAGGAUGAUCAACAUGAUGAGGAGCCCAUAACUCAUGCAUUCUUCUUGAAUUUAUUGAAACAAGCUAUCAACACAUUGCAGCAAAAUCCAUGGAUGGUGAAGAAGUUCAAUCCUGAGGUGGAUACCUUGAGGCCUCUGUCUACACCUCAGUCAGGCUCUGACAAGCCUUCCAAGAAGAGAGCUAGGGUAAACAAGACAGGAUAG